AAAAAAUCACUUGAGACCAAAAAAAAAACAGAUAAAGAAAGAAACAAAUCGAACAAGUGCGAGAGAGCUUCGAGCCACUGCAAAACCAUGGAGCUCCAGAACACAGUGAAGGAAGCCCUCAACGCACUCUACCAUCACCCCGACGACGGCGUUCGUUUGCAGGCCGAUCGCUGGCUUCAAGACUUCCAGCGGACGCUCGACGCCUGGCAGGUUGCUGAUAACUUGCUUCAUGAUGCAACUAGCAAUCUAGAAACUUUAAUCUUUUGUUCUCAGACCCUUAGAAGCAAGAACUUGUUGAGAAAAUUCCACAAAGGCCCCCCAAAAGUCAGAACUCAGGUAUUAUCUAGAAUGGCUUCAGGAUGA